CACCAGCUCCCACGGACACACCCUGGGCCUUGUCAUCCUCCAGGCCAUUCAACCCGCAAGGUCAGCUGCUCAAAUGCUGCCAGGAGCAGGCUUCCUUCCCAGGGCACCCGGAGCCCAGGAAACUCUUCACAUUGUGCAUCUGCUCUCCUGCCUUCCACACCCGAGAACAUCAAGUGCGUGCGUUCCCUCCUCCUUCACCACGUCUUCCCACAAGACUUUCAGGAUCAAGAGGUUCCUGGCCAAGAAACAAAAGCAGAACCAGCCCGUUCCCCAACGGACUCAGAUGAAAACUGGUAAUAAACUCAGGUACAACUCGAAGAGGACACCUUGGAGAAGAACCAAACUGGGCCUAGGAGAAAUCACACGUGAGAGAUGACUCACAUAUUUAUGCUGUAUCCAGGUUGCCUACACCUUAAAUGAUUGAAAAGAUGCUACUGUCUGGACAGUUGGGGCAUUUUAAUU